AAAUAAAAAAACGCGAGUUGACGUUUUGACAAAAAUCACAUGGAUCGAAUGUUUUGCAUCUCACGCUUGAAGCAGUUCCCAGUGUUUAUAUCCAAUUAAAAUACUGAUUUUUCCUGCAUUCUAUAAAUAACGAGUGAUCAAAAUGGCUCAAGGAAAGAUGAAGGUAAAAUCUAAAGCACCACCAAGCAGCAAAAAAGUCGUCAGUAAAAAGGGAAACGCUUUCAGUAAAAGAAAAAACGCCCCAAUCCAAUCCAAGAAGCAUAAAUUUCAAGAGUCUGCCAAACUGAAGCAGGCUGUCAGCAAAACUGUUAACAAGAAAAAUGAGGACGAAAUUCGGAAGCUGGUAUACGAAGGACAGAAGAAUCUAAGUCAAGCACAGCAGGCAGUUGUGGAGCAUCACAAACGACAACCAACAUCUAACCAAGCAGGAGGUUCUUCCUCUUCCAAGUGAUUGUAAAGAAAAACCUUUGCUUUACCACAGAUUCCAUUUAACCAUAUUUUGUGCUUUCUCUUGUAUGUAAAAUAAAUAAAUUGAUUGGUUGUUUGAAUUAA